GAGUUCAUGAUUAAAGACAGAGAGGCUUCAGUGAGUAACGGAGGCAGGUUUAACGACGUAGCGGCAGGGUUAUGAGGCAGCAGGCGAGAAUCUGCAGGGCUCUUUUAGCGGGAUAUUUAGCAGUCACAUUAGCCGGAAGGCAGCUCUCGUUUGGGUGCGAAAUACUCGGCGAAAAGCACGUGUGUUUGAGCAGAGCUUACGGGACCUGUGUCACGAUGGCCGAAGAGGCAAAGAAGCGCGCAGGCAUCGCAGCGGUGGACAACCACGUUCAGAACAACCAAGUAGUCGGAGUGGGUAGCGGUUCAACCAUUGUUUACGCUGUGGACAGACUGGCGGAGAGGGUUCGACAGGAGAAGCUCAACAUCGUGUGCGUCCCCACAUCUUUCCAGGCUCGUCAGCUCAUCCUCCAGCGCGGGCUCACCCUGUCAGACCUCGACCGACACCCAGAGUUGGAUGUGGCCAUUGACGGGGCAGAUGAAGUGGACUCUGCGCUCACCCUGAUCAAGGGAGGGGGGGGCUGCCUGACUCAGGAGAAGAUUGUGGCUGGCUGUGCCAAACAUUUCAUCGUCAUCGCUGACUUCAGGAAGGACUCCAGUACCUUGGGCCAGCAGUGGAAGAAGGGCGUGCCCAUCGAGGUCAUCCCCAUGGCGUACGUGCCCGUUACCAGGGCGAUCCUGCGGCGAUUCGGCGGGGAGGUGGCCCUGCGCAUGGCCGUCAGCAAAGCGGGCCCUGUGGUGACCGACAACAGCAACUUCAUCCUGGACUGGAAGUUUGAGAAGGCGCACAACUGGAAGGAGGUCAACACGGCGAUAAAGAUGAUUCCCGGUGUGGUGGAGACGGGUCUGUUUGUAGAUAUGGCGGAGCGGGUGUACUUUGGGAUGGAGGACGGGACCGUCCGAAUCAGAGACCCCCCAAUACACUGAGGGGCCCCGGCCUUUCUGACCCAGCCCCGCCCCCCGGCCCCACCCUCUUAUAACCAGCAUUCCACCCAAAGUGCCACAGACCACGCCCUACCCCCUCCUCUAUAUGGACAAAUGAGAAGCCCACCCCACAAACCCCACCCCCAGCCCUGAGGUCUACCUGGAGGGGGAGGCCAGAACAGUUUUAACCGUCAUUAUUACCCAUAAGCCAUCUCACCAGGCCCUCUGCAUCGACCAGUCACCUGAGGCCCUUGUAUGAAAUCAGCAUGCGGUAGCAAGUUUGUGUGAGGAGUACUGUGGCAUGCAGCAACCUCUGUUCUCCCCUCCGUAUCCGGAGUCUUAACGUGUGCGGAGAGCAUCCACGCAAAUCCUAAACCCGCUCGUCCUUAUUGACUCAGCUGAGCAGGAGUUACUCAUUAAUCUUGCGUCUUUUAGCUUUAUCCAAACGAGUUCAUAUCGUCGGCACGAGUCCAAAGUUUGAAUGUUUGGAAACGUCGCGCUUUUCUCUUUACGUUUGCCUUGUCAUUCCACGUUUCACCUUGAGCGGCCUGUCCUUUUUGAUUGCCUGUGUGUGUGUGUGUGUGUGUGUGUGUGUGUGUGUGUGUGUGUGUGUGUGUGUGUGUGUGUGUUUAUGCGCUGUAGAUAAGUGCCAGUCCACUCUGUGUGUGUGUGCCUUUUCUCUGUGUAUCCCCCAUUUUAAAACUACUCACGCCUCCUAACUGCUGCUGGACCCGAACGUCACUGAUGAGGACAGCGAGCCUACAGAGACCUUUAUACUGUGUGUUUCAGGGACCCUGUGAUUAUUUCUGUGAUUGUCCUGUCGUAACGAAGUGUUUCUUUAUGUGUACGCUGCUGUUGCUUCUAAUCUGUGCGUUUUUUCUGUGCGCUUAAAGUUUGUUCCUCGUGGUGAUUCGGUUACAUCCUGCUCCUUAAUAGGGCGCAGGUUCAAUCGCCUACUCAAGGUGGAAAUGUCCGUUUGUUGUAAGUUCUUGUGGUUGCUUUGUCUUCACCAGAAGUCGCACUACGGAAUUACUGUAUUUUAUCCCCCCCCCCAGUGUCAGUUUGUUUCGGUACUGUCUUCAAGAUACCCUGUUCAGUCUGUACACCGGUGGAGGGGCUCAUGUUGGUCACAUGUACAUUUAAUAUGGUACUGAGGAUCUUACUGGUGCAGCAGGAAAUGGAUGAUAAGUCCCUUCUCAGGACGAAUGAAUCGUGAACGCAUGUCCUGUUUGUUUUUGGUGUUGAGGUGGUGGUCAAUGGUAUAGUUCUCCUGUUGGAAGACGAAUCUGGAGUUAAUGUUUAGCUGUAGCCUUAUGUAACAAAAUCCUUUCUCAAGAGCGUGCGAUCAAGGCUUUCGGUGUUCGAUUGGCACUGUCUGAAACGUGGUGGUCUUGGUAGGUACGCGUGUUUGGAGCAUACCACACAGGACAUACGAGAAAUAUGUCUUGGGCAACAUGCAUUUUUCUGAAUUUAAAUAUUUAGACAAAGUUGUGCAAAUGUAUCAAAGUGAUUGUUCUGAGUGUAUACCUUAAAUGUUGUACUUGUUGUUUUCGUGAAAAAAGUGAAAAAUAAUUGUUGCGCGUUGUAAUUAUAUGUACAGGUGCCUUUUCUUUGGCAGUAUGCAGUUGAUCAGAUCAGGUGUUACUCAGUUUCUGAUUGGCUGAGAGCUGGGUGCUACUGGCCUAUCAGGACCGUGAGGCUGUCUCUGGCCUUGUCGUCACUGUAAGUCAGGGGUGUCCAAUCUGUGGGUGCAGGUUCUUGUUACAGCCCAGCGCCAAGUCACCUGAUCCGACGAAUGAACUAAUCACGGUCUAAUCAGGCCCUUGAUAAGAAGACUCAGGUGUGAUAGUGGGGGGGCUAAAACAGGAACCUGCACCCACACCGGCCCUUUUCGGAUAAGAUGGGACGCCCCUGCUGUAAGUGCUUUGGGUGUGGCCUUUGGCUCACCGUGAUGUGCAGUCCGCUGAUGAAGUUUCCACCGAGGACCGAAGAAUGGCUGUUUGUGUGGAAAACGGUCUUCUGCUCUGUGUGACGCGCUUUGCCUGUGACAUCACUUCCCCCCCCUUAUUCAACAGCUAGACUUUGGCCUGCGUUCAGUAAACAUUUCACUUCAAAUUCGUAGUCAAGAUUAAAUGCAAAUUUUUUAUUUAUUUUUUUUCCCCCUUCAAACACUGUGUAGUGAGUUUAACGACCAGCGAAAUUGCCUCACUAAACUUUAUGUGAAGGGGGGAAAAAAAAAAAAACCCAUUUAAAUACAAGUCGGUGUUUGCAAAAUG